GUCACGUGACUCCUCUGUUUACAGACAUCCGGAGAAACAUGGAGGACAGCACUGGCAGUAAUCCCCAGUCACCCGGAUUCACAGAGAAACUGAAGUCUUGGCUCUCUUGGUCAUGGACUUAUGUGUGCUUCCUUUGGUUCGGGAUGGUGCUGAUAAUGCUAUACGUCCUGUGGAGUCCGCUGAAACUGCAGGAAACUCUUACCUCAGCUUCAGUGUUUUUAAACACACUGACACCCAAAUUUUACGUGGCUCUCACUGGAACCUCCUCUCUUAUUUCUGGACUCAUCCUUAUAUUUGAAUGGUGGUAUUUUCGUAAAUAUGGGACUUCGUUUAUUGAACAAGUAUCGGUGAGCCACCUGCGUCCUUUGCUGGGUGGAGUGGAAAGCAGCUCCACAACUGGUCUGUUCUCAUCAGUUAAUGGAGAUGCAGAGCCCAGGCCCAGCGUUUCAGAGUGCAAGGUCUGGCGAAAUCCUUUGAAUCUUUUUAGAGGAGCUGAAUAUAACAGGUACACCUGGGUGACUGGGAAGGAACCCUUAACAUAUUAUGAUAUGAACCUAUCUGCUCAAGAUCAUCAGACCUUCUUCACAGGAGACACCCAGCAGUUAAGGCCAGAGGAUGCUGUAAGCCUAGAUGAUCAUCUUCUUACAGUGAUGCAGAAGGCCUGGAGAGAGAGAAAUCCUCAAGCCAGGAUCAGGGCAGCUUAUCAGGCCAUAGAGAUCAACCACCAAUGUGCUGCAGCCUAUGUGCUUCUAGCAGAGGAAGAAGCAACAACUAUCACAGAAGCCGAACGCCUUUUUAAAAAAGCUCUAAGUAUUGCAGGAAAAGAUAUCAACCUUCUAGUAUACAUUAAACGCAGAUUGGCAAUGUGUGCACGCAAGUUGGGGCGAAUUAAAGAAGCAGUAAAAAUGAUGAGAGAUUUAAUGAAGGAGUUCCCAUUGUUGGGAAUGUUAAAUAUACACGAAAACCUCCUUGAGGCUCUUCUAGAGCUUCAGGCAUAUGCUGAUGUGCAAGCAGUCCUUGCAAAAUAUGAUGACAUCAGUUUGCCAAAAUCAGCUACUAUAUGCUAUACAUCUGCACUGCUGAAAGCACGGGCUGUCUCAGAUAAGUUUUCACCAGAGGCAGCAUCCAGGCGGGGGCUAAGCACAGCAGAGAUGAAUGCUGUGGAGGCCAUACACAGAGCCGUUGAGUUUAAUCCCCACGUGCCAAAGUACUUAUUAGAGAUGAAGAGCCUGAUCCUGCCUCCAGAGCACAUCUUGAAGAGGGGUGACAGUGAGGCAGUAGCAUAUGCUUUCUUCCAUCUGCAGCACUGGAAGAGGGCAGAAGGAGCCUUAAACCUACUACACUGCACUUGGGAGGGCACUUUCCGAAUAAUUCCCUACCCACUGGAGAAGGGUCACCUCUUUUACCCCUACCCAGGAUGCACAGAAACAGCAGAUAGGGAACUACUGCCCUCUUUCCACGAGGUGUCUGUGUACCCAAAAAAAGAGCUUCCCUUCUUCAUCCUCUUCACAGCAGGCCUUUGCUCUUUCACUGCCAUGCUGGCCAUGCUCACACAUCAGUUUCCUGAACUAAUGGGUGUCUUUGCCAAAGCGUUCUUCAGCACACUCUUUGCACCCCUGGGUUUCUUCGCAGACAAGAUGGAAAGCUUCAUGCCGUCCAGUUUUUGGCACCAGCUGACUCGGAUCUGACCCCGUCUAACACAGACAAAUGCAUACACACACACACACACACACAGACACACACCAAUACCACUCCAAACCCUUGAACAAAAAGUGUUUGCUCUCCUGUCUUCAGCAUUACUGCCCACUUGCUGCAUUGUUACUGAUUAUGUUGGCUGAAGUUGUAUCAACACAGUAAUACCACUUCUAAGAUGCUCUCCCACACUCUUCCAAUAGUCAGAGUUUUUCCAAGAACACAUUUGGUGAAUACCAUUUGCAACAGUUUCAUAGGGUCAUUAACUUUUGUUAGCAUGGGGAAAUCCUGCAUUUUUCAAUAAUCCAGAAUGCCUCGGUGAGAGGAGCUCCUGAGUUAACUCAGAUUAAAAAAAAGAAAAAUUAAAAUUUGGUUUUGCCUGUGUAUGGAAGAAAAAAUGUGUACAUAAAGGAUCUCCUGCCCAUUUGCAAACACAACAUAUUCUUUUUAUUUGUGUAUAUCAAAAAGAUGCCAUUUCAGUGUGCUAUAUCGACCCUCACACACAUCUAGCAGGGCAGAUUUAAACGUCUGAGGCCUCCUAAAACAGAGGCAGGAUUUAUAACCUCAGAGGGACUGCAGUGUAUACAAUGCCUGUGCAGUUCAACUAUUGUCGCUAAGGCUGGACAUCUCAGCACUACAUCUCUGGGGUAACCACUGCAACAUCAAAAUGUAAAUAGGAUCAUCAGCGGUCAGUUAGGCCUCUUUGGCAUUACUUGUGCACUACAGACUCUUUCAGCUGCUGCCUGACAAAAAUCUUGAGGCAACAAUUGCAGCUAUCAUACUUAAAAUCACACAGCAUAGGCAAUUUCACAUCUCCAAUAACAAUAAAUAAAAUAAUUCUAAAUAUGCUGUUUAAGGUCAACUUGGGGCAAUAACCCUCAUGAUCUAUCAUUAGGCAAACAUGUCAAGUUGGUCACUUCAGCUGCCUGCUGAUAUGCAUUUAGAGUGGGCAGAAUUUCCCUAUUAAACAAAUACUUUACUAAACUUUUGAUGACUGUCUGAACUGGUAUAAUUAAGCUAAUGUUUUCUUCUGUGAAAGGUUGUCUCUUUUGUAUUAAAUUAAAUAUGCUCUAUUAGAUGUAUACAGUGAAAGAUCUUAUUGAAACAUAACAACAGGAAACAAAUGUACCUGUUUUUAAUUCAUAGAAAACUUAUAAAGGUAAUAUAGAAAGUUUUAAAAACCACAAAUUUACUUGGACCUUCUAAAAUAAUUUUCUUAAAUCUCAGGUAUCAGCAUUUCCUCAGAUAUCCUGAAAAGAAAGUGAAAGAUGUUAUAAUAAUUUUAAAAAGUGCCUUUAGAUCAUUACAUAGCUAAACUACUGUGUAGUGAUUAAAAGUCUGUUUGGUAUUUAUUACACCUGCAGUAUGAUAGACUCAGUUUGGAAAAAAAUGCUUAAAGGGUGAUUUUUAUAGAAAUGUUAAAAUAUGGAAUCAGUAUAACAAUGAAAAACAAAAGCAAAAAAAAGGGCAUGCUGGUUAUUAUGCAAGGGAACACACAAACACAUCAUCCAGACCUAGUCCAAACUGUGACUACUUAGACUGUAUUCUGUGUUUUACCUUGAUCUUAAGUAUUUGUCUAUUUAAAUUUGUGACACACAAAGGAUCUUUAGUGUGCAGCUGAAAUUUAACAGUGUGCUGAAGACAGGAGGAUCUGUGAACAACUGUAACUAUGCGUGGAUGAGUUGGAAUGCAAAACAAAAUAAAUUAGUCUUUCAUUGA